UUGACUGUGUUGGCUGAUGAUCAAUUCCUCAACGACGCUAUUGAAGGAGAUGCACUCGCAUAUAAGAGCGAUCGAAUCGAUAUUUAUUCGGUGAGCUGGGGACCAAAGGACGACGGUCGAUCAGCAGAACGACCAGGUACUCUGGCACAGAAGGCCAUAGAGUUCGGCGCCGUGCAUGGGCGCAAAGGACUGGGCUCUCUAUACGUAUGGGCCAGCGGGAACGGUGGAUUAGAGGACGAUGACUGUGCUAUGGAUGGAUAUGCUAGCAACUUGCAUACGAUUACCUUUGGAGUAGCGACACCCACUGGUAUUCCUCCGUGGUAUACAGAAGGUUGCAGUGCCGUAAUGGCA